ACGACUUUGACACGUUCGAUGAAAGCGAGAUGCUUGCUGCUAUACCUUCAAAUGCCCCGACGACUGCUCAAGAGAUUUCCGAUUCAGUCUUUGGGUCAGGUGCGAGGGUGGCGGAGGAUUUCUUUCCAUAUCCGAGCAAAGGGAUGAUGAAGACAGAUAUAUUGUUUAGUUCCCCCCGGCUACGAUUCUCCCGCGAGCAACAGGAAGCGAUCCUUGCUUGGGGAAGGGGUCUCGGUGCGAAAGACGUUCCCAGUCUGUAUGCGGUCGAGAAGUUCCAGAAAGCUGCUCUGGAUACUGUUGGCGAUCCUACGGUGAAAGUGCGAGCGGAGUCAGGUAACCUUUUGUAUAUGAACUCAUUGUUGAAUGCAAUGUCCCGGGAUUACGCGCAUCCAGAGACCCGCCAGCAAAUUCGUGCAUAUCCUGAAUACCCUACCGGACCGGUUAGCGAGGUGUGGCAGUCAUCAAAAUGGCUCGUCGAUGCACCCGACGACGUGCUCACGCCAAUGGCUCGGAUCGAGGGCAAGGACUACUAUGUUAAGGAAUUAGCAUAUUGUUGCGAUAAGACGUGGUUCGUGCCAAUGCGUUUCUUCAAGCGCGACACGGAAAUGUGGGCAGUCGGACAUCGCACAUCACAGUCAUCAGAUGGCCUUCAUGUCGCUACCGAGCGUUCAGUUGAGCGGUGUGCAAACUUCUUGAACAAUUGGCCAGAGAUUGAGGCGCACACAGCAGGUCGAAAGGUCUUCGCUGAUGACUCCAUCGAGUGGGCGGCCUGCAUGCCCAAUCCAGACCGCGCAAUCGCAGACGGCCUGGAGUGGGAGUGUCCCCCUGUCAUCGUCUUCAUUGAUGAUGUGUCCGGAAACAGCACGAAGCAGUGGAACGUCCAUUACUCAGCGUACAUGUCAAACGCCGCAAUGCCUCGUUCAUCGCUCGAAAAAGAACGCAACAUACGGUUUGUAGCGACUUCGCCACAUGCUUCACCAAUGGAGAUAAUGCAGGCGAUUUGCAAUGAUCUGAAUGCGGGUGGCUCGACACCGGUCAGGGCAUGGGACUCAAUACGGAAACGGCAUAUCCUUCUCCGUCCCUGGCUUCUCUUCCUGCCCGGUGACAAUCCGAUGCAGGCAGAGCUAUGCAGUCACAUCGGGCUGAAUGCGAACUUAUUUUGUCGGUGUUGUAUGGCAGGUGGCACCAAGGCCUUCAAAGAGUCGAAUGACGGCUUCUGCUCGCUCAUGGAGCCUGGACAGCCUCGCAACCCCGUCGAGACUCGCAAUGCAGUUCUGGAACAGCUCUCGAACGCAACACAUGCUGCCGCGAGCAAGCCUUUGCAAGAUGCAAUGACGAAGACAGGUGUUAAGGACAGCUUGGCGAUGCCUGUCAUCACGCGUCUCCUGACAAUUGGUAAAGCCCUGCGACGCUCAACUCCGAGUCGACGGCCUGUUAGUAUUGUUGAUACCGAAAAAUACCUGCGCGAAGAGCUUCUCAAAUUGAAGCAGAGCUCCAUCGUCAAUCCGCUCCUUGACAUGCCAGGGCUUGAUGUGCAUAAAGAUACACCUGUCGAACCCCUUCACACGGUCAUUCUAGGCAUCAUCAAGUACUUCUGGGGUCAGACGACAUGGACGAUCGAGAAGCAAGGUCAAUGGGCCAUUUUCCAGGCACGCCUUAACUCGUUGGACCAAUCGGGUCUCGAUAUUCCCAAUAUCAUGGCGGAUUACAUCUGUCGCUACCGCGGGAGCCUCAUUGGGAAGCAUUUCAAGACAAUUAGCCAGGUCAUCGCCUUCGCGGCUGUUGGCCUUGUGGGUCAGAAGCUACAGGACGCAUGGCAUGCUAUUGGCCGCCUCGUCGUUCUCAUCUGGGAGACUGAAAUACAUGAUUUGAAGUCUUACACGGACGAGCUUCGGUCUGUCAUUCAAGAUGUUCAAGACUCUGCCGCCGCGCUCAGCCCCAGCUUGUUGACGCUCAAGAGCAAAUUUCACAUCCUCUUACACCUACCAGAACAUAUCCUUCGGUUUGGUCCUGCACUGCUGUUCUCGACUGAGCGCUACGAAUCGUUCAAUCGCAUUUUUAGGCUCUGCUCAAUACACAGCAACAGGCAAGCCCCUAGUCGGGACAUUGCAGUCGCAUUUGCGAAUCAAGAUCGCUGCCGCCAUGUCAUGACAGGCGGGUUCUGGCACGACUCGAAGCAAAAGAAGUGGGUAUCGGCAUCACCAGCUGUUAUAGACCACUUGAAGGAGUCUCCACAUGACGCACGGCUUCUCGGUGUGGCUGUAGUCAGAACUCCACAGCCUGGAACGAUGACAUUUCCACCGUUGUCUCGUUCAGAACCCAACAGUGCAAGGGACCUUACCUGGAGCCAGACGAAGGCAAUGCAAUUGGCCCCGGGGAACGAGAUGCGCAUUGGGCUAUGGCGUGCAGCUCAAACAUUGGUAACGAAGACGGGAGAUACAGCUAGGGAGGGAUCAGAGGUGCUGAUACACGAUCGACUUGGUGACUCGGACGCAUCAGGUUCUCUGCUAUUUGGUUCAGUCAUACAGCUGCUCGCGCCGAUCUCACCCGAAGCUCGACCAGCCGUUGUUGUACGCCUCUCGACCCUUCAAUCCCAUGUACACAAUCUGCUCAAACUUCCUGUCCUCGAACGGACUGGCCCAGUCAAGUAUUUUGAUGCGCAGGACAUCGUAUGUGUGGUGAAUAUUCAACACGACUGUGCUACGCAGGGCUGUAUCGCAGAUGCGAGGGAAGCCUUGCGCCAGGAACGUGAGGAGACCAGUCGGACACGAGCUAUCAUCCGUCACCGAGACACCACUACUUUCAUUAUCAAUAUGCACUCAAUUCACAACCGACAGUACCUCAAAAAAGCGAUUCCAUCGUCGCUUCAGCAACGUUCACCGCUUUUCGAGGACCGUGAUCGCCUCCACAUGGACGCUGCAACAUCGCUCCGUGACCAAAAGCUUCAAAAGAAGAUUGCAAAGGACACGGCAAUUCGGAAGCGCGCCGAAGAGGCGUUGCGAGUUGCAAAUGAGCGAGGGGGCCUCAGUACGGUCCUGCUGGAGGAAGAAGGCCGCGAGCUGCCUGAUGAGGUAUCAAUACCUCUUGACACGAACACGGCGGAGCACGACUUGAAUGAGCUCACAGAAGGGAGCGACACUCAUUCACGGGGUAACGGGCUACCACACAUUGUGCCUGCCUUGCCGUUGUCCGAACCUAUCCCCUUCGACGACCUGUUGUUGCCGCGCGGCCCAAGACAACGCCGCACACACGAGCAACCAACAAUGUCCAGCAUGGCAGAAGGGUCUCGACUGCAUGCCAUCGAAUUCCAAUCCUUCACCACGCAGUUGGACGAGCCAUUCAUGGUUCGCCAAGGCCGAGGUGAUGACACAGAGCUGCAGUCUGAGCCAGGCCCAAGCCAUGUGAGAGGGCGGGGGCGGGGGCAAGCACGAGCACGAGGGCAAGCGCGAGGGCGAGGGCGAGGGCGAGUGCAAGCGCGAGGGCGAGGGCGAGGGCGAGGGCGAGCGCAAGCGCAAGGACGAG